AUGUUGUCUCGUAAGAUUGGUAUUGAUCACAUCUUGAAACAUAUUGAAAACAAGAGAGUUUUAAUGAGAGUAGACUUCAACGUUCCUUUGAAGGAAGGUAAGGUUAAAGAUCCUACUCGUAUCUAAGGUUCUGUUCCUUCUAUCAAGAAAAUCUUAGAGUAAAAUCCUAAAGGUCUUGUCUUGAUGAGUCACUUGGGUCGUCCUGAUGGCAACAGAGUUGAAAAGCACUCAAUGAAGCCUGUUGUUCCUAAGCUUGAAGAAUUACUCGGCACCAAGGUAACCUUCUUGAAUGACUGUGUUGGUAAGGAUGUAGAAGAAGCUGUUAAAUCAAGCAGAAACGGUGAAAUCAUUUUACUUGAAAACUUGCGUUUCCAUCCUGAAGAAGAAGGAAAGUACAUCGAUGCUGCAGGAAACAAGGUUAAGGCUGACUCUAAGGCAGUUAAGGAAUUCAGAAAAUCUUUGACUAGUUUGGGUGACUUAUUCGUCAACGAUGCUUUCGGUACCGCUCACAGAGCUCACUCUUCCAUGGUCGGUGUUGAUCACAAAAUCAGAGCUGCUGGUUACCUCUUGAAGAGAGAAUUAGACUACUUCAGUAAGGCUUUGGAAUCCCCUAACAGACCUUUCUUAGUUGUCUUAGGUGGUGCUAAGGUCAAGGAUAAAAUCUAAUUGAUUGAAAGUAUGCUUGACAAGGUCGAUGAAAUGAUCAUUGGUGGUGGUAUGGCCUUCACUUUCUUGAAGAAAAUCCACAAUAUUGAAAUUGGUAACUCCCUCUUCGACGAAGAAGGUUAUAAGAUUGUUGACCAAUUGUUAGAAAAGGCUAAAGCUAAGAAUGUCAAGAUCCAUUUACCAGUUGAUUUCUUGUGCGGUGACUCACUUGAAGCCAACGCUAACACCCGUAGCUUUGACUUAAAGAGUGGUAUCCCUGCUGGAUGGAUUGGUUUAGAUGCUGGUCCUAAGACUAUGGCUGAAAACGCUGAAGCUGUUGCCCGUGCUAACACUAUUGUCUGGAAUGGUCCUUAAGGUAGAUUCGAAGUUGAUAAGUUUAAAGUAGGAUCUUCUGACCUUCUCAAGCACGUUGCUACUAGAACUUCCUAAGGAGCUACUUCUAUUAUUGGUGGUGGUGACACUGUCAAUCUUGUUCAACAAGAAAAGGCAACUCAAAAAGUCAGCCACGUCUCUACUGGUGGUGGUGCAUCUCUUGAACUUCUUGAAGGUAAAGUCCUUCCUGGUGUUGCUUAUCUUACUGAUAUUGACUAACUUUGA